AAUGCUGGCUAGAAAUGACUCCUUAGUGACUGAAUUUAUUCUUGCCGGGUUAACAGACCGUCCAGAGCUCCAGCAACCCCUCUUUUGCUUGUUUCUGAUGAUCUACAUUGUCACCUUGGUGGGCAAUCUUGGCUUGAUCAUUCUUAUUGGUCUGAAUUCUCACCUCCACACCCCCAUGUACUAUUUCCUCUUCAACUUGUCCUUCGUUGAUCUCUGUUACUCAUCUGUUUUCACCCCCAAGAUGCUGAUGAACUUUGUGUCCAUGAAGAAUAUCAUCUCCUAUGUCGGGUGCAUGACUCAGCUGUUUUUCUUUCUCUUUUUUGUCAUCUCUGAAUGUUAUAUGUUGACCUCAAUGGCCUAUGAUCGCUAUGUGGCCAUCUGUAAUCCGUUGCUGUAUAAGGUCACCAUGUCCCGUCGGGUCUGUGUGGUGCUGUCUCUGGCUGCAUAUGUGAUGGGAUUUGCCGGAGCCUCUGCCCACACCGGGUGCAUGCUCAGACUAACCUUCUGCAAUGUUAAUAUCAUCAACCAUUACUUGUGUGACAUCCUCCCACUCCUCCAGCUCUCUUGCACCAGCACUUAUGUCAACGAGUUAGUAGUUCUUAUUGUGGUAAGUAUUAAUAUUGCGGUACCCAGUGUCACCAUCCUGGUUUCUUACAUCUUCAUCCUCACUAGCAUUCUUCACAUCAGAUCUGCUCAAGGAAGAUCGAAAGCCUUCAGUACCUGUAGCUCCCACGUCAUUGCUCUUUCUAUUUUAUAUGGGUCAGCAGCAUUCAUGUAUCUUAAAUGUUCUUCUCCUGGAUCUAUGGAGCAGGGAAAAGUUUCUUCUGUUUUCUAUACUCAUACGGGACCCAUGCUCAAUCCCCUGAUCUACAGUUUGAGGAACAAGGAUGUCAAGGUUGCACUUAGGAAAUCCCUGUUUAAAAUCCAGAGGAGAAGCAUGUCCUAAUUGAAGCAGCAAUAUUGUAAAGAAAUUCAAUUUAUGAUUUAAUUUCAUUGGUGUUUUUCAAG